AAAUAAGGUCCCGCCCUCGUUGCCCUGGCGCCCAGACCCGCGGCCGGAAGAGCAGCCCCGAGUGAAGAGAGCACCCUCAGCUGAGGGGCCCUGGGCUGGGGUACUGGAGCCCAUCCUGCAGGUGUCACCUGUGGACACAUGCUGACCCCAUGCCCAGAUGUUUGACCCACAGUGUAAGGCAGCUGCCUGCAGGUUGUGCCUGGAUGGACCCAGCCGGGAAUGGAUGCCCAGGGCUUCGGCCAAACUCAGCCAGUGUCCGGGUACGGGAGCUGAUCUGGCAGGGCCUGCAUAAUCCCUGUCCACAGAGCAAGGGCCUGGACAGGCCCCAGGACAGCCACAGGGAGCGGCAGAUAGAAGAGCCCCUCUCCCCUGUCCACCUGCAGGCCCUGGCCCGGGUGGAUGACCUCCAGAGUGUGCAGGUGCUGGAGAUGUGUGUGGAUACUCGUGAGCACAGCCUGGGGAACUUCGGGGUUUACCUACCCAACCUGAGCCAGCUGAGGUUGACUGGCAGUCGUCUGGACUCCCUCAGAGACCUGGGCACCUCUCUCAGCCACCUGCAGGUGUUGUGGCUGGCUCGCUGUGGCCUCACUGACCUGGACGGCAUUGGCUCCUUCCCAGCACUGAAGGAGUUCUACGUCUCCUACAAUGACAUCUCAGACCUGAGCCCACUGUGCCUGCUCGACCAGCUAGAGGUACUGGACCUUGAGGGCAACAGCCUAGAGGACCUGGGGCAGGUGCGCUACCUGCAGCUGUGCCCACAGUUGACCACACUCAUCCUGGAGGGCAACCUGGUGUGCUUGCAGCCAGCCGCUGGCCCAGCCAGCAAGGCCCCUGGGUGCUACAACUACAGGUCAGAGGUAAAGAAACUCAUCCCUCAGCUGCGCAUCCUGGAUGAGGUGCCCACCACAUGUACCAACCUGCCUGCGCCCCGGGAGCUGAGCCAGGACUGGCUCAUGGUGAAAAAGGCCAUCAAGGAAGGCAGCAUGCUGGACAGCCUCCUCCCUCCGCUGGAUUACACUCACGGAGCCACUCUGCAGAAAUGUGACCCAGUGCUGACCCUGCCUGAGACCCCACCGUGGGUCUUGUCUCUGCUGGGCCCUGGAGGAUCCCUGCCUGAAGGCCUGUUCCCCAAGCACCCAGCCCCUGAAGACCACACCAGCAACCUCACCCAUGGUGCUGCUCAGGUCCUCUGUGGGAAUCCCACCAAAGGCCUGUGGGAGCGCAGGCACCAGUGCCAGGCCCGGGCACUGCUGGAGCAGCUGCACCCACCAAGACCAGGUCCGGCUGCUGUCCCCUCUUCCGUAGGGCCUGAUUCCACAGAUGGCUGUGAUCUGGUGGUAGCUGGGCUUCCAGCCUGGAAAGAACUUGGCCUGUGGCUGAUGGGGACCCAGCAGGAAGGGGAUGCAGCCCCCCAGGAUCCUUGGAGAUGCUUUGAACAUCAAGAGGACAAUGCUAGACCUAGGCCUUCCCCAGGCUCCCCAGGUCUGGCCUCAGAGCCUUCUAGAACACUGGGCUGUCACCUAAUCCCCUCACCACCAAAAGACCCAAUGCCAUCUGACUCAGCCAGUAGCUCUCCUCGGGGCUCUGCUGACCUAUGGGUCAGAGGACGGCGGCUCAGAGCCCUGGGCAGCAUGAGGCCUGGCCCAGGCAAGGGACUGGCCCCAGUGACUACCCUGAGAGCCCUAGAGGUGGCCUCAGGUUCCACCCGAGCCCAGCGACAUCCAGAACCAGAGCCAGCCCUGGACCCAACAGCCAGACUCCCAGCCCUUUGCUGCCUGUGGUACUUGAGCCCUUUACCCCAGGUCCUCCCCACCCUUGGGACAAAGCCCACCACCGCUAGGCUUGCCUGGAUAGUGCCCAUAGGGAACCCCUGCGGUCCUGGAAACCCCUGAAGGCCCCCUGGUCCCAUAGACCCAAAGUACCUGGGCUGGGAGGGUGGGAGGUGAACCUAGCCCUGGAAAGAUCCCUCUUGGUAGAAGGGAGACAGGGCUGGGACCUGGCCUUCCUGGGAGCAGUAAGCGAGGCAGGCUUGGGCCAAGUGGCUGGAGUUGGCCUGGGCUUUCUAGGGGCCCAGGGUCUAAGCUUCUCACCCCACCAGGCCUCCUAUCCCUGGUGGAUCUGUGGAGCUUCCUACACAGGGGCAAGUUGCAGUUCCUCUUGGGGCAGGUGCCCCAGCAACCAAGUGAAUCAUUUCAACUCUUGGGUGCAGAUCCAGUUUACUUUGUAGGCCAUGGUGGUCAAUAAAUGAUGCAGCCGGC